AUGGCGUCCUUUGCGCAAGUACUGCUGGGCCUUGCUGUCUGCUGCAUGGUCCAGUUCGUCGCUGCGCAUCCUGAGGAUGGCCUCCCUUCGUACCACUACGGCGCACCCAUCCACGUCGAGUGCAUGAACCGCAGCUCCGAAACGGGCGAACACAUCGAAAACUCCAACCACGAAAUCGAGUGGAUCCCCUUCCCCGUAUGCGAAGAGACGAAUAAGCCCCUCGAGUUCCGCUACGGCCACGAGGGCGAGUUGAACUGUACCAUCCCCAUGGUCUCGGACCCCUUCUUCCACCUGCUCGAGUUCUUCAUCCACAACGACGCGCCCCUUGCCUGCCGCCUGCCGGCCCGUCCCGCCCCCACCAUCGAGGUCGUCGGCGAGAAGCCGUACCAGCAGGAGCACAUCCCCCUUGUCUUCGCCCUCGCCGGCACCCUCCAGCGGAGCCACCUACACGUGAGCACCCACAUGAACGUGCUGCUGCACAGCAUGCCCAAGCACCACCUGCGGCCGCACGACUCGGGCGUUCUUGACUCCGGCACAGCGUACAGCACAAGCCCGCUGAGCCACAUGGAUGGUAUCUACACGCAGAGGCUGGUCAUUGGAGAUCCGCUGCCCCUUCGGCUUUCUGUGAGAUGGUUCCCCACGCCAAACCUGCCCAAGUCGGAGGGCCACGUCGAGUGGCAGGGCAUGGGCGGCCACAUUUACGCGAGCACCAUCUUCUAUAUCGCCACGUCCUUCAUGGCCGGCGUGCUCGUCGCGGCGACGUACUUCUUCGGCGUCGUGCUACCCAAGAGGCUGCGGGGAAGGGGUCUGGGCGGCGCUACCCCGCUGGGCUACGGCCUCAACGGUGUCGGUAAUGGUUGGGGAUACUCCAAGACCGCCAAGCGGAUGGACUAG